AUGCUGAAGCUAAAUCCUGAGUUUCUGAAAGCCAUUGUGCUAGAGCUGAGAAGAGAUAUACCUGACGAUCCUAUUCUCGAAUGUCAUUCCGAUGGUUUCGACAGUCUUAGGGAUCAGCAUAUUGCCCUCCUUACUCUCGCGGAUCAAAAACUUCAUACUUUCCCAUUCAAGAAUGUCAAGCCUUGCUGGUUUCGACUCUAUACCGAUGCUAGUAUUGUCAAAGCGUUGACUUUCAUGGAAAAGGACUCUGUUUCUGAAAGUCUUGACACUAUCGUGUCAAUCCUAGAUAUGGCUUUAAUAAUGGCAGGUGGCCUUGGUCGGGAGCAAUUGAUCCAUGAUAUAUUCUCCAGCCUACAAGCUGCUUGUGCAGGUGACCGUGAAGUCUCAGAGCGUCCCGCCAAAAGAAGACGACUUCCGGAAUCGGCCCACACCCUGCCUUCUGACGAGGUUUCCAUUCCUACAAUCCAAUUCCCUGUUGCACAAAUGCAAAAUCCAUCGCUCACAAAAUUCCAAGCCUUCAUGCUGGAGAAGCGAGAACCUCUGAUACUGAACGAUACUCUAACUCAUUGGCCAGCUCUCGAAAAAUGGAAGACUAUCUCAUACUGGUUGGAGGCGACAAUUCAUGGGCGUCGAUUGGUGCCCAUCGAAAUUGGUCGAAGUUAUACAGAUGAUGAUUGGGGUCAGAAGAUUCUCCCCUUCCGCGAGUUCCUCGAUGACUAUAUUCUCCGCACAUCAGAAGUCGAACCCCACCCGGAAAAAGAAGUUCAAACUGGCUAUCUUGCUCAACAUGAUCUCCUCAAGCAGAUUCCUUCCUUGCAGGGCGAUAUUGCUGUUCCCGAUUACUGUUAUUUGGAUGCUCCUGCCCCAGAGGCUGGCAACCCGGUCGCCAGGAGCAAAACAGAAAGGGAAGUUCUGAGAAAAGUUAGUCAGCCAAGUAGUAUUCCCUCAGCUGAUAUGUUGCAUCCUGAGUUCGAAGACUGUGAUUCAAGGAGCGACGCCGGUGACACUGAUAUUCAACGAAAUAUUUGGUUCGGCCCUGCCUGGAGUAUAUCACCUUUACAUCAUGAUCCUUAUCAUAAUAUAUUAUGCCAAGUUGUGGGAACAAAGUAUAUCCGCUUGUACUCGCCUGCUCACACCAACGCUUUGCUUCCCAGACCCAAGAAUGAACCUGCUCCUCAUACAAAUGGAAUUGAUCAUCUGCAAAACGCGACGGGAAAAUUGGAUGAGGGGCAAUGUUUGUCCGAGACGAUUGAUAUGUCCAACACCUCCCGCGUCGACGUUGCUGCAAUGGAGUUAUCCCCACUCGAAGAUUGGGACGAGGUCUACCCAGGCAUUAGUCAUAUCCCGUAUAUGGACUGCAUCAUCCACCCUGGCCAAGCAUUGUAUAUACCCGUUGGCUGGUGGCACUACGUUCGGAGCUGUUCUGUUGGCAUUAGUGUUAGCUUUUGGUGGUGA